CACACGCACUGCACAGACAGGAGAGGUGAGAACAGAGGACACGCAAAGAUCAUCAGGUCCUUUGGGAGUCGUUCAUCGUUUACAAUCACAUCCUAGUACCUACCGAGCUUCAAAUGGGGACCUACACUUGUCUUUCAAUGACGCGAGAGCCGGUUGGAUGGCACUGCCUAGGGCAAGACCACUGACAUCAAUUGUGGAUGCAUCGCGCUCACAGAGACAGCGAGAGCAAUUAAACUUCACUUGGCAUUUCGAAGCUCUGAUUGAAGAAGAACCUCGAGCCCCCAGUCUUGGGAUCCGCUCGCUUGUCUUAUCGUACUCACCGCCUGGACUUUUCCGCCAAAUAAUUUCUCUAGCUUUUACUUUGCAUAAACAACCAAGAAACCAAUCACGACGACCUUACUUGUUUGCUUGCUUGAUCAUGACUUCAUUUGUUUUAAACUUCUAUUCUUACAGAUCGAUACACUUUGCAUUGGCGUUGACGUUCGCUUAUGUCGCCCGCUCGUCCCAUUGUAACCCCCAGAAAGUACCCCGAAUUUACCGCCGAAUCGUUUGUCGGAAAUCAGAAAAAGAGUUGAACCGGAGACACAUUAUUGAAAGAAAAAAAAGAAACCUCGUAAACUGUUUGCGUAAAUGAUAAAUAAAGCCAUUGAAAGUCAGUUCUGAUGAAAGAUGUUGAUCAAAAGAUUCGCAGGAAAAAUCGAAUCGCUGGCAGAGUCGUUAAGCCACACUGUGGCCAUUCGUGACCUCUUUUG